AUGAUCAUUCGAGGAUCGAUGGUCCUAGCCCUGGUCCUGGGACUGUUGUCGGUGGACCAAAAUGGCGGCCAACCGAACGAGAAACACGCGUCCGAAUAUUUUUCCCGCAAACCGCCUCAAAGGGUGACGCGGCUAGUCCCACGACGCUCGCCUAUGUUACCUCAGGACGGUGGUGCGAUGGGGCUUGCGAUGCAGAGUCGGGCGGUCGAUACCAGAGUUCAACUGGAGGUCAGGGAAGGCGAGCCGAAGGGGACUCUGGUCGGCCUGAUACCGGUUAAGCCUGGAUUCACGUACAGAUUUAACGAGCCACCCCAGGAAUUCGUGCUCGAUCCGGAAACCGGCAAGAUCAAAACGGCCAAAGUUCUCGACAGGGAAGCGUUGAGCAGCGAUAGGUUCGACCUGGUCGUCCUCUCGAGCCAGCCAACUUAUCCGAUCGAGGUAAGGAUCCUUGUGCUGGAUAUCAACGACAACGACCCGGAAUUUCCAGAAUCGAGCAUAGCCGUCAGUUUUUCCGAGUCGGCGGUGGUUGGCACGAAAUUAUUGUUGGACGCCGCCACCGAUAAGGAUACGCUCGAGAACGGUGUCGUCGACGAUUACUUCAUCGUGGAUGGGAACACAGAUGGGAAAUUUCGUUUGGAGGUGACCGGGAAUCCGACCGGUGAGACAACCUAUUUGCAUCUGGAGACGACUGGUAAAUUGGAUCGGGAGCAGGUAGAAUUUUACUCGUUGAACGUUUGCGCGAGGGACAGGGGUCAACCACCGAGGCUCGGUUACCUUCUCGUGAACGUAACCGUGUUGGACGUGAACGACAACCCUCCGAUAUUCCAGCAGAGCGAUUACGUGGUCGCUCUGAACGAGAGUGCCCCAAUAGGGACCAAAGUGUUGACGGUUCACGCGACGGACAAGGAUUCCGAGGACAACUCGAAGCUCACGUAUUAUCUACCUGAUACCGAAACGCAGUUCACUAUAGAUCCCGAUACGGGGACCGUGACGACGAUCGAGCCUUUGGAUUGCCCGCAGCAGAGCUGCACGGGCGCAGCGCGUCUAGGCGACGGUUGUCUAAAGAGCUGCGUCAUAACGGUCUUUGCUCGAGAUCACGGCUCGCCCAGGCAGGAUGGCCGGACCUACGUAACGGUGAAUCUAUUGGACGCGAACGACCACGAUCCUGAAAUAAAGUUCAGCUAUUUCCCGAUCACGCCCGGCUACGCGACCGUGGACGAGAACGCCGUCAAAGAUUCGAUCGUGGCCGCGAUCACGGUGAUCGACAACGACGAGGGAUCGAACGGCGAGACGAGCGUAGAAAUUCGCGCUGGCAACGAACUGGGCCACUUCAGAUUGCAAACAGCUGCGACGUUCGACGUCGUCCGCGUGAACGGUGGACUCGACCGCGAGGAAAUACCGAAAUAUAAUCUGACAGUGGUCGCGACCGAUAAAGGAACGCCGCCCCGUUCGGCAACCGCCUAUCUAGUGAUCCACGUGAACGACGUUAACGACCACGAGCCGGUCUUCCAGCAGAGCGAAUACUCGGCGGUACUCUCGGAACUCUCGCCCAUCGGCAGCUUCGUGGCCAGCAUUUCCGCCACGGACGCCGAUUCAGGACUGAACGCGAGAAUUUAUUACGAAUUGGACUCGGGCAACGAGCAAGGUUGGUUCGCGAUCGACCAGGACACCGGUUUGGUCACCACCGUCGCCACCCUCGACAGGGAGGUGCAGGGGAGCAUAGAGUUGCACGUGUCCGCGAGGGACGGUGGCCCGAGCCCGAAAUACGCGUCCACUCACCUCAAGGUGACGAUUCUGGACGAGAACGACGAGGCGCCCAGAUUCUCGCAAAACCAGGUCCAAGUCACAUUGUCGGAAAACACCCCGCCUCAGAGCCUGGUUGCCACGUUGACGGCGGUGGACAACGAUCAAGGGACGAACGGGAGCGUCGCGUACACCUUUCACUCGAGCGUGACACGGGAUUACCCGAAAACGUUCGCGUUGGACGGGCUCACCGGCCAAUUGACCACGAAGGCGCACCUCGAUCGCGAGACGAUCGGGGAAUAUCGGAUCCUGGUGAUCGCCAAGGACCAAGGUACACCGCCCCAAUCGUCCACGGCAACGGUGACGUUAACGUUGAAAGACGUGAACGACAACUCGCCGGUUUUCUAUCCGUGGAGAUAUUUGAUGGCCGUGGCUGAGGACGCCCCGCCAGGCACCUCGGUUGGAAAGGUGAUGGCGAGCGACGCAGACGCCAGGGAGAACGCCCAGGUUAGAUACUCGUUGGAGUCGGGCGGCGAGGGACUUUUCGCGGUCGACGAGAGGACCGGCGAGAUUACUCUUCAAGGCUCGUUGAGGGCCGCCCACAAAACGCUCUACGAAUUGAACGUAUCCGCCAAGGAUACAGGGGACAGAUUCGCGGUGAGGAACGCUCUGGUCGAGAUUAUACGGGAGGAAGAUCUGGAACGCUUGGAGUUCGACACUUACAACGGUUACGAGUUCAGGAUAGCCGAGGACAGGGGGGAAUGCGGCACCGUGGCGAAUAUGUUUUCCAGGGACGUGGGCACCGUUCAAGUAACCCAAUACGGAAACUCGAAGAUCUCGUACGCUAUAGUGUACGGCGAUCAGAAGGGUAGUUUUAAGAUAGACGAGAGCAGCGGGACGAUCACCACUUCCGGCUGCUUGGAUCGGGAACAAGUGGCCUAUUACAGCUUGCAAUUAUCGGCCAGGGCUGGACUCGCUUACGGGCAAACGUCUGUGAACAUCACCGUGGUGGACGUGAACGACAACCCGCCGAGAUUUCCCAAAGGCGAGAUCGGGGACGAAGUGUUUCUGAGGGAGAACGCGGCCGUUGGACAGGAGGUGUGCCUGGCACGGGCGAGGGACAGGGACGCCAGCGCGAACGCGAGGAUCGUUUAUUCGUUGACCCAUAACCCCGGGGAACAGUUCAGAGUUGCGGAAAAUUCCGGGAUCAUUUACCUGGACAAACCGAUCCGUGCCGCGCCAGGGACGGUUUUGCACUUGGAGGUGACCGCUACGGAUUCCGGGAAUCCCCCGUUGUCGGCCCAGCACCAAGUCAGGGUCACCGUCGAAGACGUGAACGAUCACACGCCGGUGUUCAAGCUGACCAGCUACGAGACGUCCCUGCCGGAAUCGACCCCGGUCAACGAUAGAUUCUUCUCUCUGACGGCCGCAGAUGUCGAUCUCGGGGCCAACGGCCGUGUCUUGUACAGCGUCACAGACGGAAAUACCGAGAAUCGCUUUGGUAUAUUCCCGGACGGCCAGUUGUACGUGAAGAACGUCCUCGACCGCGAGGAGCAGGAUUAUUACGCGCUCGAGGUAACGGCGACCGAUCAAGGAAACCCCUCUAGAAGCUCGGUAGUCCCGGUGGUCGUUCACAUAAUCGACGAAAACGACAACGCGCCGGAAUUCACCAAUUCGAGCUUCGUCCUCCACCUACGCGAGAACGAGCCACCGGACACGUUCGUUGGAAAAUUAUUGGCCACGGAUCGGGACGUGGGUCGCAACGCUGAUCUCGUGUUCUCCCUUCCUGCCAGCCAACAGGACUUCACCGUCGAUCCCAGGAACGGUUUCAUCAAAUCCCUACGAGUGUUCGACAGGGAACUGUUGGUGACCAAUACGGGCAGCAGCUACGUCACUUUGGAGGCCACCGUCACCGACAACGGGGUCAAUCGUCUCCGCGACCGAGUCAAGGUCGUUAUUUACAUCACCGACGUGAACGACAAUAUCCCCCAAUUUCAAAGGUUGCCGUACAGGGUGCAGGUGAACGAGGGUGCCGCGAUCGGUACCCAACUGUUGAGGGUCUACACGACGGACGCCGACGAGGGGUUGAACGGGGACGUGUUCUACUCGCUGGAGGACGGGAAUCAAUACGGUCGAUUCGCCAUAGACGAGGCGACCGGUCAAAUAUCCCUGACCAAAGAAUUGGAUCGCGAGACCAUGGACAGUUACGUGUUGACCGUUGUCGCGCACGACGCUGGCCUAGAGACCCGCCUCUCUUCCAGCACGACCGUGUACAUCGAGGUGCUCGAUGAGAACGAUAACGUGCCUCUGUUCGUCGACGAUAAAUCGAGGAUCUCCGUUCUCGAAACUACCCCGACCAACACUGAAUUGGUCAGGUUCGAAGCAACGGAUAACGAUCUUGGCCCUAAUAGCGAGCUGGCCUUCGCCAUAUCCGCUGGGAACCGGAGGGACACCUUUUACAUCGAUCCCCUGACAGGGACGUUGUAUCUGAGAAAGCCGCUCGAUUACGAGGAACUGGAAAAGUAUACUUUGAAUGUGACUUGCAGCGACGGGGGUCACCCGAGGUUGAGCUCGGUGACCACGUUGAUCGUCGAGGUGAUCGACGCCAACGACAAUCCGCCGGUAUUUCCUAAUACAGCUAUAGCGAGACAAAUUAGAGAGGGUAUUCUGGUGCACACGCCUAUAGUAACCAUCACGGCCGAAGAUCCCGACUCGAACGAGAACGGGAUAGUCACUUAUUCCAUAGCCAGCCAAGAUCCCGAGGAUCAAGUUCGUAGAUUCGGUAUAAACCCUUCUACGGGGGUGAUACACACGUUGCUGCCGAUCGACCGGGAAGAGGUGGACACGUACAAGUUGGUGGUGGUGGCCACGGACAGCGCUCAACCGUCGAGCGCCCGGCUGUCCGCUGAAAAGUUGGUGAUCGUUAUCGUGGAGGACAUCAACGACAACGCGCCUAUUUUCGUCAGCAUGUCCGCCGUUGUGCUCCCGCUCAAGGGGAAUUAUCAGUAUCAGAAGGAGAUCACGGUGACCCGAUUGGUCGCCAGGGAUCUCGAUUCGAGCACGAACGGUUUGGUUACGUACGAGUUGCUCAGAUCGAGCGUGAAUUAUUCGGAUAUGUUUCGAAUACACCGGAACACGGGCCACUUGACGAUAAGAUUGCCGCGAUCCAUCAAGAACAAUUUGGAACGGGUCUCGAAAUACCAAGUUGGGAUCCGCGCCACGGACGAGGCCGUUCAAGCGGAACGGAGAUCCACGGAGAUCUAUUUGACCCUGAUAGUGCCCGGGGAGGACGGGGACGAUCAACCAAUAUGGGAGCAUCGAGGGCAGAUAGAGGGUAGCGUGUACGAGAACGAGCCGAUAGGUACGAGUAUUUUGAGAGUGAGUGCCCGAAGUCGUAGAUCGAAUAUCGAUCUUGAAUAUUACGUGACGAACGUGACCGCUGGUAGCGGCGGUCCACAGGUCGACAGAUUGUUCGACGUCGACGCGAAGACAGGUAUAUUGUCGACGGCUGCCGCGCUGGACAGGGAAACAGGAAUCCAGUGGUACGAGGUGGAGCUAUACGCCAUCGGUGUUGGUGGUACCAGGCCCAGUACGACGUCCACCAAAGUUCGCGUGACGGUUCUAGACAAGAAUGACGUGGCACCGACCUGGGGAACCGGCACCUGGAAAUUCAAAAUCUCCGAGGAGGCGCCACCCAACACCGUUGUCACGGUCCUGAAAGCGUUCGAUCCGGAUACGAUCGGCACCUUGACUUACACCCUGGUACCGCAUCAUUGUCCGGGUCCCGCUGAUCCGGCCAGCCAACACGCGGGCCAAGACGAAGCCCAAUGCCAGUUCAGGCUUCACCCGACCACGGGACAACUGACACUCGCGGAGGCCCUUGACAGAGAGACCAGAGAAAAAUAUGUCCUGAAAGUUCGAGCCGAUGAUGGAUUGCAACACACGGACAUCGCGUUAACCAUUCAGGUGACCGAUACAAACGACAACGCGCCAACAUUCCAGAACACCGCGUAUUCGUUCGACGUUCCGGAGAACAUGCCGAGAGGAAGUCGAAUAGGUCAGGUCGUUGCGACGGACGCAGACGCAGAUGGCCCCAAUAGUCAACUGAGCUAUACCCUGAUUUCUGACUGGGCCAACGACGUUUUUUCUCUGAAUCCUAGCACCGGUGUGUUCACGCUCACCGCCAGUCUCGACUACGAACAGGUGCAACACUACAUCCUGGUGGUUCAGGCCACGGACGGUGGUAUCCCGGCGCUUUCCUCGACAGUGACCGUCUACUGCAACGUGGUAGACUUGAACGACAACGCGCCGAUCUUCGAGGCGGGGCCACACGCGGUGGAUAUCGUGGAGAAUACGACGAUCGGCACCCCAAUCCUAUCCGUGACCGCCCAGGACCUCGACUCCGGAGAUAACGGGAGGGUAAUUUACGCUGUCGCAGGCGGUGACGAGAACGGUGACUUCGGAGUGGCACCAAACGGCACCCUUUUCACUCGAAAGUUGCUCGACAGAGAACAAAAGCCACUUUACAAUUUGGUCCUCAGCGCCACGGAUAGCCCUUCGCCACCGGGCCUCCCUUUGUCCUCCACCGUACAGGUGACCGUGGUGUUAUUGGAUGUGAACGACAUGUCGCCCGAGUUCAUAUCACCGACCAAGAUUUCGAUAAUAGAGAACGCGCCAAGUAACACAGUGGUGAUGGCCAUUAAGGCCGUGGACAGGGACGAAGGACGGAACGGAUACGUAGAGUACUCCCUCGAGGACACAACGCUUCCCUUCACCGUUGGACCCGUAGAUGGACUAUUGCGCGUAUCUGGCUCGUUGGAUCGCGAAUUAAGGUCAAACUACACCUUGGAAGUAACCGCGAAAGACCGCGGUGAACCACCGAGAUCGUCCUCGACCACGGUCACUGUCACGGUCCUCGACGAGAACGAUAAUUCGCCCGUGUUCGAUCCGCGACAGUAUUCAGCCACUGUCGCUGAAAAUGCCAGUAUCGGGGCCAGUGUACUCCAGGUGUCGGCGAUGGACCGAGACGAGGGCGCGAAUGGAAGGGUAAGAUACGGUAUAGCGAUGGGGGACGAUAACAGGGACUUCACGAUUUCGGAAGAUGGCGGGGUGAUCAGAGUGGCGAAGAAUUUGAAUUUCGAGCGGAAAUCUAGGUACUAUUUGACAAUCAGGGGGGAGGAUUGCGCCUCUGAAGUGGGGGAAACGCCACGGGGUGACACGGCUCAAGUCACCAUCACCGUCCUUGACAUUAACGACAACGCACCCGUUUUUUUGGAUUCCCCUUAUUUAGCCCACGUUAUGGAGAACAUGGUGCCACCUGGGGGAGGAUUCGUGAUACAGGUGAAAGCUUAUGACGCGGAUACGCCUCCUUACAACGACCAAGUGAGAUAUUUUUUGAAGGAAGGAGACACGGAUUUGUUUCGAAUAAAUGCUAGCACAGGUGACAUUUUCCUGCUCCGGCCUCUUGACAGGGAAUCGGUGCCAGAAUACACCCUCACAUUGGUUGCCAUGGAUACCGGUUCUCCACCUUUGACUGGAUCGGGCAUCGUUAGAAUUGUCGUGCUCGAUGUCAACGAUCACAUUCCGGAAUUCACGAGGCAGGAGUACAGGGCGACGGUGACCGAAAAUUCAGUUUCCCGUACGUGGGUCACUAAACCUCACGCCACGGACAAAGACGAGGGCCUUAAUGCCAAAAUCAGAUAUAGUUUAUUGGGAGAGUAUUCGGAACGUUUCACCGUGGAUCCCGAGACAGGCGAGGUGUUCACAGUGGUGGCAUUAGAUCGGGAGCAAACCUCUGUCUACCACCUGACUUUGGUCGCUCAAGACUCGAGCCCGACGGAACCGCAAGCCUCCGCUGUUAAUUUAACGAUCUUCGUAAAGGACGUGAACGACAAUGCUCCCAGAUUUUCUAGUCCAAGAUACACGGCCUAUGUGCCAGGUGCAACCAAAUCAGGGGAUUUCGUGUUCGGCGCGAAAGCGGUGGACGACGACGACGGGGAAAAUUCUCGGAUCGUGUAUCGUCUCCAGGGAAUAGACGCGGAGAAGUUUGUGAUCGAUUCGAACAGCGGUGUGAUAAGAACUACGCAGGAAUUGGCCAAUGACGAAACCACUUACCAAUUGCAAAUCCAGGCGUCCGAUUGCGGCGUUAAACCGCAGUCGGUCACCGCGGACUUGGUCAUACAUCUCUGGGAGAGGCAAUUGUUCCCCAGCUUUCGAUCCAGCAUCACCACCAGGUUCACGCUGCCGGAGGACGUGCCGGAGGGUCGGGUGGUCACAAAAUUGGGCGCGACCACGCCGAAAAUCGGGGCGGCCAGCAGUUUGGUUUAUGGGAUGGCAGGUGGAAAUGUCGGCGACGCGCUCAAGAUAGAUCCUCAUACCGGCGAGGUAUUGGUCGCAUCUGGAUUCGAUUAUGAAACAGCGCCGUUCUACGAAGCCUGGGUCGAGGUUCGUGAUUCGGACACCCCGGCUCUGAGGAGCGUUGUGCAACUUCUCGUGAAUGUUACGGACGCGAAUGACAAUGCACCGGUAAUGGAGGCGGCAAUUUACAACGCCACGGUUCCCGAGGAAGAGUAUCCACCCCUGUUCGUCGGCAAAGUUUCAGCGAAAGAUCGUGAUUCUGGGGAGAAUGGUCAAGUGUCUUAUUACCUGGUAAACGAUUUUACCGAGACUUUCAUCAUCGAUUCCGAUAACGGUGAAAUUAGCACCAAUGCAAAAUUAGACCGUGAAGAGAUCGCUUCUUACGAGCUGAUCGUAGAAGCGCGGGACGAGGGGCAGCCUUCGUUAACGGGCACGGCCACAGUUCUGGUCACUGUAUUGGAUAAAAACGAUAAUCCGCCACAAUUCACCCGAUUGUUCAGCGUGAACGUAACGGAGAAUGCAGAGAUCGGCACGUUUGUUAUAAGAAUUACUAGCAGCGAUCUCGACAUUGGUCAAAAUGCUAAUGUCAGCUACAAAUUCACCGAAAAUCCGGGGCAAAAAUUCGCCAUGGAUGCUUUGAGUGGUAAUGUCACUGUAAAUGGCCAUUUAGAUAGAGAAGAACAGGACGAAUAUUUGCUAAAGCUGGUAGCAGCAGACGGAGCUUGGCAAGCAGCGACCGCUCUAACGAUAACCAUCCAAGAUCAGAACGACAACCCCCCGGAAUUCGACGAGGAAUCGUAUCACUUCCACUUCCCCGAACUCCAACCAUCCGUUGCUCACGUCGGCCAAGUAACCGCGAUUGAUCGCGAUAAGCAAGGCCCAAAUUCGGUGAUAUCCUACAGCUUGUUACAACCUUCUGACCUAUUCACCGUCGAUCCGGCGACCGGUGACGUUUUCAGUAAAAAGACUCUGAAGUACAAGCAUACCCAUCGGCCCUCCUCGCCCGAGAAUUUGUACUCGUUGACGGUGGUCGCCACCGACAACGGAAAACCGCCCCUCUCCUCGAGAACGGUGAUCUACGUGAACGUGGUCGAUGCGAACAACAAUGCCCCAAGGUUCGAGCAGAGAUCUUAUCUCUAUCCCGUCCCGGAAAAUUACGGGAUCGGUAAAAGGGUGGUACAGUUGGUCGCCAGGGAUGACGCCGACUUCGGCGUGAACGCGGAGAUCAGUUACUUUUUGACGAAUGUGAACGGAACCGAGUACUUCUCGAUCGAUGAGAAAUCUGGAUGGGUGUACAUCCAAAACCCGUUGGCCAACGUGCCGGUAGGGACGACGUUCUUAUUAAAGGUUCGCGCGAUCGACAAGGGUGUACCACCCCAAAAGGACGAGGUCUCGUUGACUUUGGUGAUAUCCGGGGAGAACAAACACGCCCCCACCUUUGCCGCUGUCAGCCAUCAAGUAAGGGUGCCCGAGAACGAGCCUGUUAACACGACUAUCUUGACGGUGAGCGCAACCGACGGCGAUGAAGGGCCGAACGGGAUGAUAAGGUACAAGAUAUCGGCUGGGAACGAAAAGAACGAAUUCUUCGUUCAUUCCAUCACCGGGGCGGUCACCAUACUCGAGCCUUUGGAUUACGAUCUGGUUCAGGAGUACAAAUUGAACAUCACCGCUACGGAUCUUGGAUUCGAGCCGAAACAGGCUGUUGCCAUUUUAACCGUAAACGUGUCCGAUAUUAACGACAAUCCUCCAACGUUCAAUCAAAGCGUUUACGAAGCCUAUUUACCCGAAAAUUCCCCACCGGACAGUUUCGUUUACAAGGUAAUAGCGAAGGACAUAGAUUCCCCUAAGUACGCCGUGAUUGAAUACAAAAUUCUCGGGGGGACAGGGAAGGAUCAUUUUCGUAUCCGCGAGGAUACAGGCGAGAUCGCUUCCUUGGCCAGUUUCGACUACGAGGAGGCGAACGAGUACACGUUGGACAUUGUGGCCGCGAAUCCGGACUCGAAUCCGCAAAUGGUCGGUUUCACCACUGUCCUCGUGCACGUGACAGGCGUGAACGAAUAUUAUCCAAAGUUCAUCCAACCGGUGUUUCACAUGGAUGUGUCGGAAAGUGCGGAGGUUGGCACUUCGGUGGGCCUUGUCCAGGCAACGGAUCAAGACUCGGGCGAGGACGGAAGGGUGUAUUACCUCUUCGUCGGUUCCUCGAACGAUCGGGGCUUCUCUAUCGGUUCCGAGACGGGGAUAAUUCGUGUCUCGCGGAGAUUGGACCGCGAGACCCAGAACAGGGUGGUGUUGACCGUGAUGACGAAAAACGGGGGUGGUAUCCGCGGCAACGACACGGACGAGGCACAGGUCAUAGUCUCGAUUCAAGACGGGAACGAUCCUCCAGAGUUCCUUCAGAGUACGUACGACGCAACCGUGUCCGAGGGCGCCGUGCACGGAACUCGAGUGUUGACCGUAAGAGCGGUGGACAAGGAUAUAAAACCGCAGAACAAUCAGUUCUCUUAUUCUAUCAUCGGUGGGAAUAUAGGGCAAGCGUUCAAAGUGGAUCCCCAGACGGGGGACAUUGAGACCGCGAAACAAUUAGAUCGAGAAACGAUUCCUGUUUACGAUUUGACGAUCGGCGCCAUCGAUACGGGCUCACCACCUCAAACCGGUACCGCGGCCGUUCACAUAGAAAUCAUGGACAUCAACGAUAACGGGCCUAUCUUUGAUCCGCCUGAGGUAAUCGGUUACGUGAACGAAAAUGAACCGGCCGGCACGAUUAUAAUGACAUUGAGCGCAACUGAUCCCGAUCUACCACCGAACGGAGCGCCAUUCACUUACAAACUGGUCGGUGGAAGGCAGAGCGAUAUGGUCACUUUGGAUAAGCAUACAGGGGUAUUGAAGACGACUAGAAGUUUGGAUAGGGAAGCUAUGCCUCAAUUGGAUCUUGUGAUCGAAGUGGAAGAUUCCGGAAUACCAAGAAUGAGGAGCGAGCAUACGAUAACCGUGAUAGUGAUGGAUCAAAACGAUAGUCCAUCUUCGCCAAGAUCGGUUCACGUGAUAGUGCAUUCCUUUAACGAACAGAUACCAUUGGGAAAAAUUGCCGACGUGCAUCCAAAUGAUCCGGAUAUCACUGGCAGUUAUUCUUGCAAAAUACUCCAAGGAUCGAAUCCCAAGAUCCUCAGCAUUCCCACAGCUUGUGAUCUACACACGAAGAAAAUAACUCCAGGAGUUGGUUAUUCCUUAAGCGUAUCUGGCAACGACGGUCGUCACCCUAACGUAGUGUCGAAAGUCACCGUAGAAUUCCUCGUUUUCACGAAUAGCACGAUCGAAAACAGCAUCACGUUACAAGUGUCAAAGUUAAGCGCGAGGGAUUUUUUAAGCCAGUAUUAUCGCGCCCUAUUGGACGUUCUGCAAGAAGAGAUUGACGUUGGUGAUACCCUUAAGAUCUUCAGCCUUGGAGAGACCGAAUUCGAUUUGAACAUUCAUCUAGCAGUGGAAUCGCCUCAAGUAGGAUAUCGGAGCAAGUACGAGGUCGCCGAACUGGUGAGCCGUAACCGGGAUAAAAUUCGAUCUCUUCUCGAGGGGACAAACUUCAUCGUCGGCUACUCACCGUGUAAGCAGAUACCUUGCGAGAACGGUGGUUCUUGCAGCGACAAAUUGGUCAUCUACGACGACGCCAGAAUCACUGACAGCCAAGCGUUGAUCCUCACGUCGCCGAGAAUGAUCCACGAGAUGACUUGCAAAUGCCGGGACGGUUUCACCGGUGAUAAAUGCGAGAGAAGACAAGAUCCUUGCUCGCCCAAUCCUUGCUUAUUGGGUGGACAGUGUCGACGACUGGGAUACGAUUUCCAGUGUACCUGCCCGAUAGAUCGCGAGGGAAAAUUAUGCGAGCUCGAAAGAGGCGAUGCCUGCGCGAGCAAUCCGUGCAGGAACGGUGGAUCGUGCAGGAAAAGUCCCGACAGCUUCAGUUUCUUCUGUUUAUGCCGAGCUGGGUACAGAGGAAACCACUGCGAGGCUGUCACGGACUCUUGCAGGCCGAAUCCUUGCCUAUACGGAGGUUUAUGCGUGGGAGAAAAGCCUGGGUACAGAUGCAGUUGUCCAGAGGGUCGUUACGGGAGGCAUUGCGAGCGAUCCACGUUCGGAUUCGAGGAAUUAUCUUACAUGGCGUUCCCAGCGCUCGAUUCAAACACGAACGACAUAACAAUUGUAUUUGCCACGACUAAAUCAGACGCGUUGCUCCUCUAUAAUUACGCUCCCCAAACUGGGGGACGUUCGGACUUUGUAGUGUUAGAGUUGGUAGACGGGAGAGUGGUAUUUUCAUACGGUGGAGCGAGGAGCGCCAUCACCUCUAUCGUCAUAAAAACGGAGAACACCGUGUCCGAUGGAGAGUGGAGGAAAGUGACGGCAACCAGAAACGGACGAGUCGUGUCGUUGAGCGUGUCCAUGUGCAGAGAACACGGGGAUAUUUGCGACGAUUGCAGACCAGGUGAUGGUACUUGCUACGCGGAUGACGUAGGACCAACUGGAACCUUGAAUUUCAAUAACAAUCCACUUCUGGUGGGAGGGCUGGAAAAUGCAGAUCCAGUACUCGAGAGGCCGGGUCAAGUCCAUUCCGAUGAUUUCGUGGGAUGCGUCCAUUCGGUUUCCAUCAACGGAAGAGCGUUGAACCUCUCGAAUCCUUUGGCAUCCCGCGGCGUUAAAUCAACCUGCGUCAGAUCGAAGAACAAUCCUUGUGUAAGAGGUGGAAAAGACGCGGUCUCGCUUUGCGGAGCCGAUGCCAAGUGUUACGACAAGUGGCAUCAAGUGAGCUGUCGAUGCGGGUCGGUGAUCGCGCCCAAUUGCGGGACGGCUCUCGAACCGAUCACUCUAAGCGAAGGUGGAUACAUCGAAUUCAAAAUCUCGGAGAAGCAUAGGAGAAUGCAAUUGCUGGAGUAUCUUUACGGAGGUUCGACGAUGUGGCAUAAGAAUCGAGCGAAAAGAAGCAUCACCGAAGAUACCAGCUUCAUUACCAAUCAAUCGCCGUUUAAAACGAUUAGCUUGAUGUUUAGAACGGUUAAACCUGAUGGUAUCCUUAUCUAUGCCGCGACUAACAAACACUUCACAUCGGUAGAGCUUCGCAAUGGCCAAUUAUUUUACGCAUCCCUUCUUGCAUCGCCCGUAAACAUGACGGCUAACAUCGAGGGAAGCUUAGCGGACGGUCGCUGGCACAACCUGACCCUACAUUCCUACUUUCGAGGCUUAAGAUUGUUCGUGGACAACGUUCAGACAGGCGAAGAAUUAGAUCCUGCCGGUGUCCACGACUUCCUGGAUCCGUAUCUAUCCGUGCUAACGAUCGGUGGAGUUAGCCAAGACCUUUAUUACGCUCACAGCGCUGGCGCAAGAAGUUUCGAAGGUUGUUUGGCCAACUUCACCAUCAACAACGAGAUCCAGCCGUUCAAUGGAUCCGGCUCGAUUUUCAAAGAGGUGGUUUACCAUUCGAAGGUGAGCACCGGAUGCAGAGGGCCGAUUGGUAUCAGCGCAGCCGCAACAGCUGACCCUCUAAGCAUAGGGAUCACUUUAGUCAUAGUUUUCUUCGUGAUCCUGCUAAUCGCUAUUCUGGUCAGUUUUAUCGUAUUCCGUCUGAGAAGACAGAACAAGGAGAAAUCCGCUCCCUCGGUGGUGAACAAGAAUACCAAUGCUAUAAUGACUGGCAAUCCGUUGGUAGGGACAGGGAACGAUAAUCUAAUGUCUCGCCACGAGAAUACGUAUAUCUCGGAUACGUCCGAUUUGCGUGGUGUAGGUCACAUGGGGCCGGAAUUGAUCUCAAAGAAGUAUAAAGAGCGCGAGAUUAACGCGAGCACCGAGCACAGACCUCAAAGACCGGAUAUAAUCGAAAGAGAAGUGACGAAGUCACCGCCCAUUCGAGACGAGCAUCCGCCUCUUCCCCCGCCCGCCCAAACUUCUCUUCAUACCCACGAACAUAAUCCAGAACCCGACAUGCCGGAACACUACGAUUUGGAAAAUGCGAGUUCGAUAGCGCCGAGCGACAUCGAUAUCGUGUACCAUUACAAAGGUUAUAGGGACGGAAUGCGGAAGUACAAAGCCACUCCUCCGCCUAUUAACAAUUACGCCAAUCAUCAUAAGCAUACGGGUCAACAGCACAGACACACCGGCCCGUUCCCGCCCAGGGCCUUGCCACCACCGAACGUGAAUCAACCGCCUGGUCCGACUCAGAAAUUGUUGCAAAGCACUCCGUUGGCUAGAUUGUCGCCUAGUAGCGAAUUAUCCGCCCAACAACCGAGGAUAUUGACGUUGCACGACAUCAGCGGGAAACCUUUACAAAGCGCACUUCUAGCUACCACUUCUUCAUCCGGAGGUGUAGGAAAAGAUGCUUUGAAUUCGAACAGCGAAAGAAGUUUAAACUCGCCGAUCAUGAGUCAACUGUCUGGAUCAACGGCGAGUCGAAAAGCGCCUCAAUCCAAUAAUGAGAAUUCGGUGAACAACGUGUCGUCAGGCCCAAUAGGGUUAACUGCAGAAGAGAUCGAAAGAUUGAACUCGAGACCGAGGACUUCGAGCCUCGUGUCGACUUUGGACGCCGUUAGUUCCUCGAGCGAAGCUAGAGGGCCACCCGCGCACGGUCCGCUCCAUCUUCACCGACGACACACGCCACCUGUCGAGAGACUGGAACGAAGAAAUUCGUCGACGACCGACGAGAGCGGUAACGACAGUUUUACGUGCUCCGAGUACGACAACACCUCGUUGGUCGGUGACAAACGAUCGGAUAAUCCGUUUGCGAAACAGGAUGACGAGGAGGUGAAUCAACGUAACAACGAGUCUGCUCAAACGACGAAACCACCAUUGCCACCGAAUGUGAAUUACGACGGUUUCGACAGCUCUUUCCGCGGUUCUUUGAGCACUUUAGUAGCCUCUGACGAUGAUUUAUCCACGCAUAUGGGUGGAUUAUAUAGACCUAAUAACAGCGGCUCGCCAUCAACCACUACCACCGCGUUGAGCUGGGAUUAUUUGUUGAAUUGGGGAUUGAACUUUGAUAGUUUGGUCGGGGUGUUUAUCGAUAUCGCGGAACUUCCAGACAGUGCCAAUCGUGUUCCAAGUACGCUUAGAUUACCAGCUAAUAUACCUAAACCAUCCGAGGAAUACGUUUGAACGGUGUUUUAACGAUUGACUGGAACUUUUUUAAUAUAUAUAUAUUUUUUUUUAUUUUUUAUUAGAAAGAGCUAACGGUGCAUUUUCCUUCUCUUUUCUCAUUUGAGAAGAUGUUCGAUAAAAGCGUGCACGAAUAACCAAAAUAUACCAUCAUGCGCGAAUGAAAUACGCUUUAAUUGCCAAUUAUAAUAAGUCAUAAAAAGAAAAAAUAACAAAACGGACAUUUUUAGAUAACAUAAACAAAUAUCGUUACAGGAUUGAUGCUCGGCCGUAACGAUGUAACCGUUGUCUUGCCAUAAUAACAGAAGGAUUCUUCGAUUCGUUUAUCGUUUUACGUGUGACGCCAUAAUUCAAAGAUAAGAUUCGACGUUUCGCACUUGUAGUAAAUAAGUAUCGUGUCCGGGCGAAAUUGUGAAUUUGUAAAUAAUCCGCUAUACUUUUUAAGCGAUAUGAGAUUCUCUUACCAUUAGAAAUGCGAAUUAUAGAGAACAAACUUUUCAUCGAAUUUUAAUGAAUUUUAAUGAAUAUCGUACACAUAGCUCACAAUCUCACAAGCUCCUCUUAUAUUUAACCGUCACAAUUAAUCAUGAGUUCUAUUUGAGAAUUCGUUGCCGAUUGAAGAUAAUUAUUGUGCAACUGUAUCACCCAAUUAUUAUAAAUAAGUAUCAAGUCCUUAAGUUUCUUGUAAAUAAACUGUUUUCACGAUCUGUGCCAGAUAAUAUCGAUACAGUCGCACAAUGCCAAACAAACAAAGAUUUAUAAUGAAUCGAGAUGAAAAUUUUUUGAAAUAACGUAAAGGAAUCUCGAUCUAUUUUACGCUUC